AAUACUGAUCGAGCCUUCGUUUGGAAGAGCUUGGAAACAACGUAAACAAGCAGGUAGAAAGGCCUACUUCCUGGGAAAUCUCCCCAAUUUCAUGGUGUUGGCGUAAGGGAUAACAGAUUGAGUCCGAAUAGAGACCAAGAUUUUACCAUUCGGAGCUGAGGAGCAGAAGAAGGGAGUCGAGAUGUCGGAGCUUACAUCUCUUGAUUCUGUGUACCUCAGCACAGUAUUAGCUGAUACAGUGGAUCAGCUGGCAGUGCUGGGGAAGAUUAUGCCGUCAACUUUUGAAGGAAGGCAGGAUGCAAAUGAGAUGGUUGGAGAUGAAAUCAGUCAGAUCCUUGACAGUCAAAAGAACCUGGAAUCCAAGUACGAGAAUCUGAUCCAGCAGAGGGCUGACCUUCGGGCGGGGCCAAAGCGGGAUGCGGGCCGUCUCUACGACAACAACCAGGAGAUCGGAUCCGUGGUGGGCGGUCUGCGGACUGCCAAUCAGACGUUUGCCAAGAGUUUGAAGCAGAGUCCGUUGACAUCAGAUAAUCUUUACAAGAUGCAGGAUGAUAGACAAUUCCUUCAAGAUGUUCUGAGUGCCACAUUGGAUGAGAUGAAUCGACAAAAGAUGUUUACAGCCCUUGUCCAGGCUGUUACCAAGGAGAAAGAUAAGAAGGCGGAGCUUCAAAACACUAUUCUCAAAGAAGAGGAGGGUCGCAAGAAAAUCAAAUCCCUCCAGAAACAGAUCGCCACGGUGAGGGUCGAGAGAGAGGAGGAGACUCAACAACGGAACCAAAUGAUUGCUCAUUUGAAAGAUCAACUUCAGGAGAUGAAGGCUAAGACUAGUAUGGAGGGCAAAUAUGUACAGAAAGAUGCAGAGGUCGCAGUGGGUCAGAUGCAGAAAAGAUGCUACCUCACAGAGAAAGAGAUGAAGGAUGAAAUAGAGCUCCUAAAACAGAAAGUAGAUGAGGAACAGAGAGUUAACACAGAAAUAGAAACAUAUCUCAAGAGACAUCAAACUGAAAUGGAGGAGAAGGUCGAAUAUUGGAUGGAGAAGUAUGAUAAAGAUGUUGAAGCCAAGACGCAUGAACUAGAAGUCCUCAAGGCUUCAAAGGCUAAUGAUCUGGCAAGGCUUCAAGAACUCACUAAACUGUACGUAGAAUAUGAGCAGGUGUGUGUUGAAGAUAGGAUAGAGAAAGAGAAAGCGAGACGAAAGGCAGAGCAGGAAGAAGAGGAGCUCAAGUCAUGUGUCUUGCUUCAGUCUUGGUGGAGGGGGGUGAUGGUCCGGAAGCAGUUGGGUCCAUACAGCAAGAAAAAGAAGAAGAAGGGGAAGAAAGGAAAGAAGGGGUCUGGAAAGAAGAAGGGAAAGAAAAAGAAGUAGAUCACUCAUUCUGUCCAAGCCAGAGCCUUAUCAAUUCUUUACAUGAUUUGUUUUCUUAUCUCACCGCCUUUCCGUAAAUUUUGAUGUCGAUCUGAUGAUGAACAUUUGCAGAGAUAUAGGGUGGAAGGUAUUACAGUGAUGACAUUAAACAUUCCAAAUGGUCAAUAAUCGCAUGCAAAAGAAAAGUUCUCCAAUUCCUAGUACUGACUAUUGUUGGAUCCCCUCUAGUAACACUAAAUAAUACUUUGGUUUACUGAAAAAUAAAUUGUGGUGAUGCAGAUUUGGGAGAAUGUGGAAAACAUGUCUUUGACCUUUAAAGCCAUUUUAUGAAGCUCUUCGUAAGUUAUGCUUGACUUGUGAUUCUUUCUUGUUCUAAAUGAUAAACGCCAACAUUUCCCUGCAUUUACAUAAGGGUAGUUAUCUUUCUACAAUCAUUAUCAAAUCUAGAUAAAACAUCCAACUUUGCAUUCAGUGCUUUUUAACAAUGAUUUUAAUCGACAUGUACAUAGAUUGGAAUUCAACUUAAGCUUAUGAAACUUCAAAUUAUUAAGAAUCUGAUUUAUCACAAGAAAGGGUCAUUAAUCACUCAUUGCUUUUGCAGGACAAGUUGUUCAUAGCUCGCACACUGUUUUUGUGAAACUGGGACACAAAUUGUUUUUUCUGAACCUUUGGGGUUACAAGUGGCUUCACGAUUAGGAAAAUGUUAUAAUAAUAUAGGGUUUAUUCGAUCAAGGACUAUGCCUCAUGAAUUUUCUUGAAGACUAAUAUAAGGAUAUAGAAUAAUUUUCAUUCUUUUUGGCAGGUUUUCAGCAUUGGGCAAUGGUAUAAGUCUAUGUGCUUCCAGUAACAAGUCUUAGGGUGUGGGUUCCAAACUGGCUGUGGUCCUGAAUCUGAUUUACGGAUUUUCAUUUCUCUUGUUUAAAAUUGACAUGAGAAUUUGAAAUAUAAGUCUUAAGAUAUGUUGCUUGGUUCAGAGUGUUAGAAAGGGUUUGAAACCCCAAAGGUUCAGAGAAAAAAUACUGCAACUAGGCCAGCCUCCAAGGCCAAGUAAUUAAAUUUCAUCCCAUAAACUUUGAAAUUUUCACCAAGACCAAAGUUGGCCUAGGUCCUGUUGCAUAAAAGUUCCCAUUAUGAUAACUUUUCCAUGCAAUUGUAACUUGCAUUAAAUCCUUGAUUUUGAUUGGCUGUCGAUCAGCGUUACCAUGGUAGUAAACAUUGGAUGGCAAAUUUAUCAUAAUAGUAACCUUGAUGCAAUGGGCCCUGGGGUCUGUUGCAGAAAGAGUUGCGUUUAAACGCAAGUCAAAAAAUCAAUCGCAAGUCCCAAAUGCGCGCUGUUGAUUGGUUGAAAAUGAAGUUACGCAUGAUUUUUUAGAGUUGCGAUUGAUUGCAACUCAUUCUGCAACGGGCCCCAGGGCCCGCUGCAUCCUUCAUUAUCAAUAAAAAGGAAUAUGAAGACUCUGAAAAUGAAACAGAGUGAAUGAGAAGUACAUUUUUGAAAUAUGAUAUUGAUGCGUCCUUUGACAAAGGAAUUUAUUGAUUGGUAGGUCCUGAAAUGCAAUGUCAGUUAUUUCAAAUAUAUGCACAAUAUUUCCCAUGAAUUAAUGCUGUGUCAAGACAUUGGAGCGAUUGAUUACAAUAUAUUUAUUCUUAAAGAGAUACACUUUGAUUUUAUGCAUUUGAACUACACCCCAUAUAUCUUUUGAAGCAAAUACAUUAAAUCACCUUUCUAUUCUCUUGUCAUCUAUUUAAAUAAGAUUAAUUAAUUUAUAAUGGAAUUUAAAAUGGACUAUAUACAUAUGUAUAUUUAUAUUCUUGAUGUCUGUUUUCUCCGUCCAUUAUGUCAUGUAAAUAAACUAUAUCUCUACUGUAUAAGCAUCGUCAUAUGAGUUCGUUUUUCAAAUAACUUCAAGAAAAUAUUUUUGUAAUGUACAGGAACAUUUUUUGAAGUGAUUAUUAGAUAUUACAAAGAUCUGGGUACCCCGAGUUGAUUUGAAAUACCAUUUAAAGGGAUGGUCCGGGCUAAAAAUAUUUAUAUCUUAAUACAUAGAGUAGAAUUCACUGAGCAAAAUGCCAAAAAUUUCGUCAAAAUCGGAUAACAAAUAAUAAAUUUAUUGAAGUUUAAAGUUUAGCAAUAUUUUAUGAAAACAGUCGUCAUGAAUAUUCAUUAGGUGGGCUGAUGAUGUCACAUCUCCCCACUUUCCGUUUUCUUAUGUUAUUACAUAAAAUCAUAUUUUUUUCAUUAUUUCAUACUUGUUUGAAUGAUAUGUCUCCUUAUAAUGAAAUAAGUUGCAGCAAUAAAUAUUUAAUGCACUAAAUCAGUUAUCAAUCCAAGUUUUCUAGUUCUUGGAGGUAAAAAUCUGAAUAAACCUAAUUUCAUAUAAUAAAAUACAAAAGAACAAGUGGGGAUGUGACAUCAGCACACCUAAUGAAUAUUCAUGACUGUUUUCACAAAAUAUUGCUAAACUGUAAAAUUCAAUAACUUUGAUAUUUUUUAUCCGAUUUUGAUGAAAUUUUUGGUAUUUUGCUCAGUGAAUUCUACUCUAUUUAUUAAGCUAUAAAUACUUUCAGCCCGGACCAUCACUUUAACACUUUGACUACUGAUGGUUACUCUUCCUGAGUCCCCCUCUUUCUUCACUUCUCCCCUAAGUUUCUUUCUAACCCCAACACCCCCCCCCCCUCCUUCCCACUCUCUCACCAUCUCUCUCCGUCUCAAUCGCCCUCUUUCAUUAUUACUCAUGGCUUGCCUCUUGCCCUCUACUUCUGACUUUGUUACACAACCUAUCCGCCCCCUCCCCUCCGUAUCUUCUCCUCUCCCCUCCGCUUCUUACUCCCUUCCUUGUUUCUUCAAUGCUCCCCCUUUUCUUUCUAACCCUAACACCCCCCUCCUCUCCCUCCCACUCUCUCACCAUCUCCCUGUCUCAAUCGCCCUCUUUCAUUAUUACUCAUGGCUUGCCUCUUCUUCUGACUUCGUUACACAACCUAUCCCCUCUCUGCAGCUCUGCUUACUUCCUCUCAUUUCUUAUGCCUUUCUCUGUUCUAUUUUCUUCUUCAUUCGAAUAUACCAAACAUUCACGAUAUCACAUUCCUAAGUAGUUUCAAUCCGUUCAGAUCAAAAUUCUGUUUUUAAACAAAAGGCAUGUCUCCCAUGCCUUCGAAACUUUUCUUUCAAUUCUUUGCAUUCAAUGUAUAAUCUUAUGGAUAUUCUUAAUGCAUAUCUAUGUUAUGUGCAAAUUUAUAAAAAUGAUUACUGUACCGAAAAAGAUAGUGCUCACGCAAGUGUAAUAUUCUCUAAGAGUGAAUUCCAAGAUAUGAUUGCAAGGUUAAUAAACCAAACUUUGUGCUAAAUAGAAAACAUGAGCAAUAAAAUUAUACACUGCAAUGCAAAAAUACACCAA